CAGCUCUCUUUCUCAAUAGUUAAUAAUUAACGCAAAGGAAAAACAAAGAAAAACAUGAAGAUAGCAACAUAUUCUCUUCUCUCAGUUUUAACACUCAUCGCAUUCUUCUUCCUCGUAUCCCAACCCGUGCCGGUGACUGGUCGGACACUGACCACAAAUUCUAGAUGGAUUGUGGACGAGAUGAGCGGAAAGAGAGUGAAACUGACCUGUGUGAAUUGGGUUUCUCAUCUAGAGCCUGUACUGGCCGAAGGACUCAACAAGCAGCCUUUAGAUUCCAUUGUAGGCCAAAUCUCGUCAUUGGGUUUUAACUGUGUUCGUCUCACUUGGCCAGUCUACUUGGCCACCAAUAACUCACUUGCUUCUCUCACUGUUCGUCAGUCCUUUCAAAGAUAUGGUCUUUAUGAUGAUAUUGCUGGUAUUGAGGCCAAUAAUCCUUCAAUGAUCGAUCUUCCUCUCAUCAAAGCCUACCAGGUAGUGGUUGGUGCGCUUAGAAAAGGGAAAGUGAUGGUGAUACUGGACAAUCAUGUAAGCAAACCGAGUUGGUGUUGCAACAAUCAAACAGACGGGAAUGGGUUCUUUGGGGAAAAGUACUUCGACGCAGAGAUGUGGAUCAAAGGGCUUACUCGAAUGGCCAAGCUCUUCAAGCAUGAUCACAAUGUCAUCGGCAUGAGCUUAAGGAACGAGCUCCGUGGCCUCAAGCAGAAUGAAGACGAUUGGUACAAGUACAUGCAAAGAGGAGCCGAAGCAGUUCAUAAAGCAAACCCAAGAGUUCUUGUUAUUAUCUCUGGUUUAAAUUUCGAUACUCACCUCUCAUUCUUACACGACCGACCAUUUGCACUAACAUUUUCUGGGAAACUAGUAUUCGAAGCACACUGGUAUUCCUUUUCGGACAAAGAUGCAUGGGCAAAUCAGAAUGCAAACAAAGUGUGUGGUGUGUUGGCUGCUAACAUGAAGAGACAAUCAGGUUUUUUGGUUGAGAGAGGAUUUCCUCUGUUUUUGAGUGAGUUUGGAGUGGACCAAAGGGGACUCAAAGAGAAUGACAACAGGUGCUUAAAUUGCAUUUUAGCUGUAGCAGCUGAACUUGACUUGGAUUGGGCUUUGUGGACUUUGGCUGGUAGUUACUACUACAAAUCAGGUAUUGUUGGGUUGGAUGAGGUUUACUCAGUUUUGAACUAUGAUUUUGAUGGAGUUCGAAAUCAAACUAUGCUAAACAAGAUGACUUCAAUUCGAUACCCUUUUCAAGGGCCAGGAAUAUCAACAGGUCUUCCACACAAAGUAAUUUUCCACCCUGCAACUGGUCAAUGUAUUGUAAGGAAAUCUCAAUCUGGUCCAUUGGCAUUAGGCCCUUGCUCAAGCUCAGAUGCAUGGCAUUUUUCACGUAACAAGAAGACAUUGAUGAUUAGAGGAACACACUUUUGCUUAAGAGCAGCAGAAACAGGCCAACCAGCCCAACUUAGCAAAGAUUGCACUGACUUUGAUUCCAAAUGGAAGCCCAUGUCAGAAUCCAACUUGCAACUAUCCACUAAAACUGCCAAAAACGACAUCGUUUGCCUAGACGUUAACUCUGAGAAUGAGAUUGUAUUGAACCCUUGUUAUUGCGUGAGUGAAGAUAGUUCGUGCGACCCUUCAAGGCAAUGGUUCAAGUUUGUUCACAGCACAAGAAAACCCCAGUUAGGAUUUUCUUAAUUUUCUAGUAAUUGAUCUAGGUUUGGAAAGGGAUUUCUAGCUCCACAUGACGUUAAUAUUAGAGAAUAAGGUUUCGAAUUUAUAUAUGUUCAAAACCAGUAUUAUAGUUUGUUUAUUAGCUUAGUCUAUAGACUAUUAUAUAGUAUGAGUACAAAUAAUUCAUUAACUAAA